UAAAAUUCUCUGCUUCUUUGUGCUCCUCAGUUUCUCACACUCUCCGUAUAUAACGCUCUUCUAGCUCCACUUGAGCGUUUCUUGUCCGAAAGCAAAUUAGGGCUCUCUUUUCUCUCAAUUCCAAGCAAUUCACACCCAAAUUUGGGACUUCGAUUUCGCCUGUGCCGGAAUUGUCAAAGAAUUUGAGCUUCAAUGGAGCCGGCCCGAAGCUCCGGCGGUGGAUCGGGGAACUCGGGAACCUACACGCCAGAGAUAGCCGAAACGCUGCGGUUCGAGGAGGAAAUCCAAAGCUUGAUGCGCGAUGGGUCGCCGCCGGCCACCGGAAGCUCGUUCACGGCCCUCCUUGGUCUCCCGGCGAGUCAAGCCGUUGAGCUCCUACACCAACCUGGCGAGAUCUAUCCCCGUGCUUCCACUGGGUUUCCUCCAGGGUUCUCCCCGACGUUCCCCUCCAACGCCGCGCUGGUGGAAAGAGCCGCGCGGUUCUCUGUCUUCGCCGCUGCCGGUGAGUCCCCGCAAGCCUCGAACUCCGGCGGGCAGGCGGCGUGGCCGAAGUCAGAACCCAUCGAUUCCGACUCCGGCGAACUCCCCCGGCAGCCGGCGAAGCGAAGGAACACCGAUCAAAGCAAGGCGAAAGCAUCGGGGAAGAAAAGUCGGAGUGGUGAAACGAAAAAGGGGAAACCAGGGGAAACGGGGGAGAAACUGCCUUACGUUCACGUUCGAGCUCGCCGGGGCCAAGCCACCGAUAGCCAUAGCAUAGCAGAGAGAGCGAGAAGGGAGAAAAUAAAUGCUCGGAUGAAGCUUCUCCAGGAGCUGGUCCCCGGCUGCAGCAAGAUAUCGGGAACGGCGCUGGUGUUGGAUGAAAUCAUCAACCACGUACAGUCACUGCAACGACAAGUGGAGUUCUUGUCUAUGAGGUUGGCAGCAGUUAACCCCAGGAUAGACUUCACUGGCCUUGACAACUUUUUAUCACCGGAGUGUGGGCUUGGAGUGGCAGGGAACGGGACGCCAUUAUGGAUGCAGGGGAUGGGUGCCGGUGAUGGACAGCAAGACAUCUGGCAGGCUGAUCUAAUGCACCAACAGCAGCACGGCUUCAUUAGCAACAGCGGAACGACCUCACUGUUCCCUUGCGAUCCGACUGAUUCUGUAUCUUUACAUUCUAAUCAGUUGAAGGCAGAACUAUGAAGCUGUACAACGGAGACGUUUAUGACUUUGUUGUUCUCUGUACAUAAUGGAGAAGAAGACAUUGUUAGGCUGCGCGCUUGGGAGAACAGGUGACAUUGUAGUCAUCUCUUUCACAUUCUUUUAGCUCACAUUGCUCUCUCUCUCUCUCUCUCUCUCUCUCUCUCUCUCAUAUAUAUAUAUAUAUAUAUAUAUAGUUAAUUAAUUAAUUAAUGCUAAUGGAACUUUUUAGUCUGUCUGUUAGUUGGUGUACCAUAAAAUGGAUUUAUAUGUACCUUUAGACUAUAUUAUUGACUUUUACAUUGUG